CCAUGAUAAAAAAAAUUACAGUUACGUAUUCCACCCGUUACAAUUAUACGUCCAAAUAAUUACAGUUACCUGUCCGACCAGUUACAUUUAUACGUUUAAAUAGUUACAGUUACUCGUCCAACCAGUUACAAUUGCCACCGCCAGUUACAAUUACUCGUCCAAUCAAUUAUAGUUACAUGUCCGACCAACUACAGUUAAACGUCCCGAUCAUUUACAAUUAAUCAACCCCACCAGUUACAGUUACCCGAUCUAACCAGUUACAAUUAUUCGAUCUGAUCACUUACAGUUACUUGAUUCAAUCAAUUACAAUUGUCCGAUUUGAUCAGUUAUAGUUACCCGAUCCAAUUAUGAUUACCCAGUUGGACUAUUUGCAAUCACUCGGUCUCUGACAGCCACUUCUGAAUGACCGCCACCCACCCGUCAAGUAACCGCCGCCCCACCACUUCCAGUGACCGUCAUCCUGUCACUUCCGGUGGCCGUCGUCGCCGUAAAAGUGACCAGCGCCAUAGCCGCCUCGCUCCUUCUGCUUGUUGGCUCCUGGCCUACCCCGCCCCAUCCCAUCCCGCAACCGUCGUCCGCCCCUGUCCCAUCCCAGCCUCCACCAGCCUAGAUCCAGCCCCCAAACGUCGAUCCACCCCCAACCCGCCCGAUUCUGCCACCAGCCACGACGAAGACAUGACCCCAAUACGCUCCACCUCCAACACACAUGAUCCAUCAACCCCCGUAAGUGCAAUCGCAACCAUUUUUGAACCGCCGCCAACACCUAAUUGGAAGCCCUGGAUUCCGAUGCGAACAAAACUUGGAGCUCCAGAUCUAAAUAUAUGUCUCUGAUUGGGCUUUAAUGUCCAGAGUCUAGCGGAUUUUUGCGGACAGAAGAAAGUAGAAGAAGAUCAAGGGAUUGUAACCGACGACGAGGGCGGAGACCGAACUAGGCGGCGGAGAAAGGGGGCGGCAGAGGCGAGGUGUCAUCGCCGGCUGCCAAGGCAGACGCACUGCCGCUGGAUGUUGUUGCCAUUCAUCGGAGUUGAACCGCUGGUUUGGGAACCAUCCUUGUGCGUGAGCUUUGGUUCGAAUGGAAGAGGAAGGUAAUGACUGUACGCGAGCUCUUGUUCAGAC